UGUCAAUCCUGGUUUUGGUUUGAUAUAGUCCUCCAUCCAAACAGUAGCUAAAAGCCCUUAAACCCUGUUUUCCUAACGUUCGAAACUUCACACUCGCAAAACCCUAGCAGACUUCAAUUUACUGUUCGGGGCCUGAGAAAUUGCUCCAAAAUCAAUGACAGAAAAUUUGAAGCACCCACUAGAUAGUAUUAGUAGCUCCCAUUCUCCGCAUAGGCCUUCAAAGAUUUCCAAAACCACCGACGAUCUCAGCGACGACGAACAACAACAACAACCCGAAUCGAUGAGCCAACGCCCUGGAAUUCAACGGUAUCUACUCGCAAUAGAGUACAUUGGGACUCGCUUCUCGGGGUCUCAGCAACAGUCCAAUUGCCGUACAGUAGUUGGCGUUCUUGAGGAGGCUUUUCACAAAUUUAUUGGCCAGCCGGUUUCAAUAUUCUGUUCAAGUCGAACUGAUGCAGGAGUCCAUGCCUUGUCGAAUGUUUGUCAUGUAGAUGUUGAGCGCAUAAGCAAAAGGAAGCCUGGUGAAGUGUUAGAACCCCAUGAACCUGCAGUAGUCAAAAGAGCUGUGAAUCAUUUCUUACAGAAGAAUGAAGGUGACGUAAUGGUGAUUGAUGUUCGAAGUGUGCCAGUUAAUUUUCAUGCUCGAUAUAAAGCCCAAGAGCGCACGUACUUCUACCGCUUGCUGUCUGGGGCAGAGCCUUUGUCAACCUUUGAAAAAGACCGGGCAUGGCAUGUACCAGAAGAGCUGAAUCUUCGAGCUAUGCAGGAAGCAUGCAAAGUUCUGGUUGGACAUCAUGAUUUUAGUUCCUUUAGGGCAGCAGGUUGUCAGGCAAAAUCACCAAUCAGAACAUUAGAUGAACUUUAUGUGUCUGAGGUAGUGUCAACUCCUUGCUUUCCAUCAAUAAUGGAGAGGAAACAAAACAAUUUAGAGGAAGAUCCUCAUGCCAGCACGAACAAAUCUGAGACUGACCCACCCCCUAGUUUCAAUGGAGGGGCUGAUCUAGGAUUUGGCUUGAGAAAAAAACAACGUUGCUUUGUGGUAACAGCACGAGCACGCGCUUUUCUAUAUCACCAGGUUAGACUGCUUGUUGGUGUACUGAAAGCUGUUGGGACUGGAGAUUUAAAAGUACCUGAUGUUGAGAGAAUCUUGAAUGCAAAGACAGUGACUGCUGCUAGUCCCAUGGCGCCUGCUUGUGGUCUAUAUCUUGGACAUGUAAAAUACGAUUUGCCCUGAGAGGAAAACUGUAACUCUGUCAGAUGUUUACAAUGGACUUCUGCGGAAUCUUAAAGAAGAUGCGUAAUCAGGGCUUGUGUUCAGGGUAAACUUUCUAUCUUUGAACCAGUUCCAGUAUUCUUGGGACGGACACUUGCUCCAAUUCUUCAAAGCAGACAGUAGAUAUUUGUGAUCCAAAUUUCAAGGGUUAUACCCUACGCCAAUACUUCACAGCCUACAGUAGACAUUGGUGAUUCAAAUUUCUCAACUGAGUUCGUAAACACCGGAAGCAUUUGUAAGCGGUAGAUGUCAAUUUAAUGGUUGGAAAUUUGUAAACAA